GCUGAGAGUGCAGCAGGAGCGGCGGCGGCAGCGGCAGGGCACAGCGCGACUCCACGGACUGAGCUCGGAGCCAUCGCUGGCGCGCACCUCCGAAGCCCGGGAGGAGAAGGAAGAGCGAGGGCAGCAUAGUCCGGGGGCACGAUGCCCACGAAUUUCACCGUGGUGCCCGUGGAGGCGCAGGGAGACGCCGCGGACGGCCCCGGGAAUCCCGGGGCACCGGGGGAAGAGCAGGAGCGGCAGCCGCUGUCGCCUCCGGAGCCGGAGGUUUCCCCGAAGCUCCAGCCCGCGCCUAGCCCGGAGCCGCCGGAAUGCAGCUCCGAGAUCCUGGGAGAUGGGACCCCAAGAGAAAACAGCCCUUUCAUUAACAAUACUGACAUGGAAAGAGAGAAUAUUUAUGAAGGAAAGAACAUGGCUCUGUUUGAGGAAGAAAUGGAUAGCAACCCCAUGGUAUCGUCGCUUCUUAAUAAACUAGCAAAUUACACCAAUCUGAGUCAGGGUGUGGUCGAACAUGAGGAGGAUGAAGAUAGCAAGAGAAAAGAAAUCAAGGCUCCACGGAUGGGAACCUUCAUCGGGGUCUACUUGCCCUGCCUGCAGAACAUCCUUGGGGUCAUUCUGUUUCUGCGUUUAACAUGGAUCGUAGGCGCAGCGGGGAUCCUUGAAUCCUUCAUCAUCGUGUUCAUGUGCUGUACUUGUACGAUGCUGACCGCAAUAUCUAUGAGCGCCAUAGCAACAAACGGUGUAGUUCCAGCUGGAGGCUCAUACUACAUGAUCUCGAGGUCCUUAGGUCCUGAAUUUGGAGGGGCAGUCGGACUCUGUUUCUAUCUGGGCACCACUUUUGCAGGAGCCAUGUAUAUUUUGGGAACAAUUGAGAUUUUUUUGACUUACAUCUGUCCGAGUGCUGCUAUAUUUCAUGCAGAAGACGUCGAAGGAGAAAAUGGAGCCAUGCUCAACAAUAUGCGAGUUUAUGGGACAUGCACACUCGCCUUGAUGGCCAUGGUGGUGUUUGUAGGCGUAAAAUACGUCAAUAAGCUUGCCCUGGUAUUUCUGACCUGUGUGAUCCUCUCGAUUCUUGCUAUCUAUGCUGGUGUCAUCAAGACCGCCUUCGAUCCCCCGGACAUUCCGGUUUGUCUUCUUGGGAAUCGCACGUUAUCAAAUCGCGACUUUGAUGUCUGUGCUAAAUUCCAACUCAUAAAUAAUGAGACGGUAACAACAACACACCUCUGGCGACUCUUCUGCAACAGUUCUAUGCCCAAUGCCACAUGCGAUGAUUACUUUUAUCAAAACAAUGUGACUGAAAUUCAGGGAAUUCCAGGGAUUUCCAGUGGUGUCAUACUAAAAAAUCUGUGGAGUUCUUAUGCAGAUAAGGGAGCAUUUGUAGAAAAGAAAGAUAUGCCUUCAGUCCCUGUGCCAGAGGAAACAAAAACUAGCGGCCUGCCUUAUGUAUUGACAGACAUCAUGACCUACUUUACAAUGUUGGUAGGAAUUUAUUUCCCAUCUGUGACAGGUAUUAUGGCAGGUUCAAACAGAUCUGGUGAUUUGAGGGAUGCUCAGAAAUCCAUCCCUACUGGAACAAUUUUGGCAAUUGCGACCACAUCUUUUAUCUAUUUGUCCUGCAUUGUACUUUUUGGAGCCUGUAUAGAAGGUGUAAUUUUGAGAGAUAAGUUUGGAGAAGCCCUCAAAGGAAAUCUUGUUAUUGGCAUGCUGGCCUGGCCAUCUCCCUGGGUCAUUGUCAUUGGCUCCUUCUUCUCUACCUGUGGGGCUGGCCUACAGAGCUUAACAGGUGCACCUAGGCUACUGCAGGCUAUUGCAAGAGAUGGAAUUGUGCCAUUCCUUCAGGUGUUUGGUCAUGGGAAAGCAAAUGGGGAGCCCACAUGGGCCUUACUCCUCACUGCUCUCAUCUGUGAAAUAGGAAUCCUGAUUGCUUCCUUGGACAGCGUAGCACCAAUUCUUUCAAUGUUUUUCCUCAUGUGCUACAUGUUUGUGAAUUUGGCUUGUGCUGUACAGACUCUCCUGCGUACCCCGAACUGGCGUCCUCGUUUCAAGUUUUAUCACUGGGCUCUUUCCUUUCUUGGGAUGAGCUUGUGUCUUGCCUUGAUGUUCAUUUGCUCUUGGUACUAUGCUUUGUUUGCCAUGCUUAUUGCAGGCUGUAUCUACAAGUACAUUGAAUACAGAGGAGCUGAGAAAGAAUGGGGCGAUGGGAUAAGAGGUUUAUCUUUGAAUGCUGCUCGUUAUGCAUUAUUGCGGGUAGAACAUGGUCCACCUCACACUAAAAAUUGGAGACCUCAAGUUCUGGUGAUGUUGAAUUUGGAUUCCGAACAGUGUGUAAAGCAUCCAAGGUUACUCUCAUUCACCACCCAGUUGAAGGCUGGCAAAGGGUUAACCAUCGUGGGCUCCGUCCUGGAAGGAACAUACUUGGAUAAACACCAAGAAGCCCAGAGAGCUGAAGAGAACAUCCGGUCCCUGAUGGGAGUAGAGAAGACCAAAGGAUUCUGCCAGUUGGUGGUCUCUUCCAGCUUGAGAGAUGGAAUGUCCCACUUAAUUCAGUCUGCUGGCUUGGGUGGCAUGAAGCACAACACUGUACUCAUGGCGUGGCCCGAGUCAUGGAAACAGUCAGAUAACCCCUUCUCGUGGAAGAACUUUGUUGAUACCAUCCGAGAUACCACUGCAGCACAGCAAGCUUUGUUGGUGGCUAAAAACAUUGACACAUUCCCACAAAACCAAGAGCGCUUUAGGGAGGGGAACAUAGACGUGUGGUGGAUUGUCCAUGACGGCGGCAUGCUAAUGCUGCUGCCAUUUCUGCUUCGCCAGCACAAGGUCUGGAGAAAGUGUAGAAUGCGCAUCUUUACGGUAGCCCAAAUGGAUGACAACAGCAUUCAAAUGAAGAAAGAUCUUCAGAUGUUUUUGUACCAUCUGCGAAUCAGUGCUGAGGUCGAGGUCGUGGAAAUGGUUGAAAAUGAUAUUUCAGCUUUUACCUAUGAGAAAACCUUAAUGAUGGAGCAGAGAUCCCAGAUGUUGAAGCAGAUGCAGCUUUCUAAGAAUGAAAGAGAAAGAGAGGCUCAAUUAAUACACGACAGAAACACUGCAGCAGUGGCCAGGACGAAAGCAGUGGCUGCACCGGAGAAGGUUCAGAUGACCUGGACUAAGGAAAAACUAGUCUCUGAAAAACAUAAAAACAAAGACGCAAACAUGGCUGGAUUCCGAGACAUUUUUACUUUGAAACCAGAAUGGGGAAAUCUAAACCAGUCCAACGUCAGGAGGAUGCAUACAGCAGUGAAGCUUAAUGGAGUUGUCCUCAACAAAUCCCAGGAUGCCCAGCUGGUCUUACUGAAUAUGCCUGGUCCUCCCAAAAAUCGACAAGGAGAUGAAAACUACAUGGAAUUCUUAGAAGUUUUGACAGAAGGACUAAACCGAGUGCUUUUGGUGAGAGGCGGAGGCCGGGAGGUGAUCACCAUCUACUCCUAGUGCUGCUGGUGGCCACCCAGAGCUUCUUUAGAACAUGGCGGCACUGACUAUCUAGGUGGAUAGAAACACUGGACAAGCGGGUCUUGGGUUCCUGGAAGUUGAACAGUUGAAGUGUUCCUGUGUACUUGAAACGAUAUGCCAGCUUGGUCUGCUGAUCCGUAUGUUUUUUACAAAAAGAAGUGACCUGAUUUUUUUUUUAAACCUAGGGCAAAAUUCUUGUUAAUACUGAAGAAACGUUAUCUGUGUGCACUGUUAAAAAAUCUGGAGGAGGGGGUUGGGGAUAGGAAGCUGAAGUAUGAAUGUGUGUGAGAGAAUUAAAAAGAAUUUCAAAAGCCUCCCCCCACCCACCUGAUUUAUUUGUAGUAUCUGAAUUAUUGAUAAUCAUGCUCUCAUUACUUUAUUGUAUUAAACAUUGAGGGUGAAACUGAUGGUAUCUUUAAAAAAAAAUCUUAAGUUUUUGUUUUUUAACUGAUGCCAGGGAAGCUGAGCUUAUUCAGUGAUAAACUAUGAAGUUGGCUAAAGCUGAUAUUUUCUCAUUCUGGAUUCAGACUUUUCUUGGUAUGUGCCUGCUAACAGUCUUUCUAACUGUUACAUUUUAGCUUUACUAGCUCUAGAACAUAGAUUUGUUUAGUCCACUUUUGUUCUUGAAGUUUAUUUUCUGGGUGAUGAGAGGUACAUUUUAUAAAGAAAUAAACUGGCUACUUUCCUAAAAAGUCAUUAGUUCGCCUUCUCCCCCUUUCCCCUCCAAUCAUUUGACCAGCCAUGUUAGUGUUUCCAUGAGCAUCCAGGGAUGUUUCCAUCCCUGCCCUAGCACAUUACUGCAGUUCAAGUGCAGAGGGUGAGUCUUGGGUAGGGAUGAGGUCUAUAUUCUCUUUUCAUAACAAUAAGCCCAUGCUCAAAACAUCUGCUUUUGGUCCAUGGAAGGCAGGCCAUUCAGCUCCAGUUGUCUUGAAAGAGCAGCCACUGUUACUGAGAUUUUUUUUAAAAGGUGUUUCAUUUAUAUGUCUUUAUAAGUUAUAUGAUAAUCCAGGUUUUAUAUUUCAAGAAGCUGCCCAAACUAAUUCUUAUAUUUUCUCUGAUAUCCCUUUUCUUUCCUACUUUCUUAAAUGACUCAGAUCGCUGUUGACACCUGUAUCUUUUGUCUCCAACUGCUGCAAUCUUUACAUUCAGUUUUCUGGUUUGUAAAUAAAUAAUUUUUGGUCUUUGAAAGCAUUGACACUAGCUAGCUCUAGCCAACAUCUUGGAAAUGUUGCCAAUGUCUUAAGUACCCAAAAGGGAAGCAGCUGCAUGGAGAGAAGUAUCCUGAAAACGAAAAGUGCAAUAUGUAAAAAGUAAACUUUAAAUACUUUUGAGACUCCAAGUGGAACUGUUAAAUGGCAGACCUGUGGGCAUGCCAACAUUUUCAGUAUCAGAUAUGCAGCUUCUUUUUUGCAGCUAGUCAGUAUGCACUCUGUUCCUAACUGUUCAUAAUAAGAGCUAAGAAAACCAUUUUGGGAGAAUCCAGGAUAGAUGGAGACAUCUUACCUGGUCAGAAUGAAUUGCAACCUUUAAGAAAUCAUCCAUUUUCUAAUUGAGCCCAGUAUGUCCAACAGGGUCUGGCACUGAGAUUUUUGUCGUCGUCGUUUUUGUGAGUUUUUUUUUUUUUUUGAUGUUUAAAUUCUCCUACCUAUUCUUGUCCUCUGAGGAUAUCUCCCUAAGUCUCCUUUUAGCACAUGACUGCAGCAGUGUCCCAGAGGAACAAUUUUGACAAAUCUCUUUGAUCUGGACAGGCUGGUUUUGUUUUGUUUUUUUUUUUUUCACAUGGAUGCUUGAUUAUUGCACUUUAUUUCCUGGUCUUUUCAUUCUCUAGUUUGAACAUCUAAUCUGUAGAGGGUUAUUUUGGGGAGGGGGGUAUGAAUUUUUGGUAUUUGUGGCUUAUUUAUUUAUUUAUACAUCCUGAGAGACAUUUUAAUGAAUAAAGUGGCAGCAUAAAGAGAGAACCCCAAAAGGGCACUGUCCCCAGGGUGAGAAGGGAGAAAGGGAUUGAGAUGGCCAGGGUUUCUUGUUUAUUUCUAGGAGAAUUCAUUGACUUCUUGAGGAGGGAGGGAUAUGGAGGUUGGGAAGAGCCUUCCUCUGUAGCCCAUUGGAUUGCAGAAAGCGCAUAAGCAUACAGUCCAGACGUUCCAAGUCACUAAUGAGCAUAGAACAGCAGCACUGGAUCUUUCAUUGAGUGAGGUUUCUUCCAAUCCCGUUUUCCUAGCCCCUCUGCACAGGAACGGGUCUCUUGAGCAUGAAGGAAUUACAGAUGCCCUGGGAAUCCAGCUGAAUAGGAAGCCAAAAUCUCCAAAAUUUUACCCUCGGCUGGGUGGAAAAAUCAUCGAACGUGUAAUGUGUGCCAAAAUGGUGUUUUAGGAAAAAUAGUUGAUCUUUCUCUUACCUUUGUACAUUUCACAGCAAGAUUUCUAGUAACAUACAGAAUUAUGCUACUCUCAUGCUCAUGGAGAUGGGCUUCUCUUUUGUGGGGCUGUAUGUCUGUUUGUGUGUGUUGGUGCCCACAUGUCUGUCUAUCUGCAUGAGUGUGACCAUUGUAAAAGGAGAUCUGCCUGCUGAGGGCACAUGUGGGAGAUGAUCAGAGAGGAGGCAUUAUAGGGUAAAUGGCUUCUUGCUUUGCCCAGUUUUAAAGUAGCUGAUGUAACAGGGCACACUUCAUAUGUGGUGCUGAAAUCCAAGUCACCAUGGAAUAGUUGAAGAUCGCCGAGACUGGUGUUCAGUGGAAAUUAACAUGACAACUCCACACAUUGCUGUCCGUGUAUUCACCAGAUGUUGAUGUGUCCACAAUUUGUGUUCAGUUGUUUUGCAGUAUUUUGUUCAUGUAAACAACAGUGUAUCUUUUUCUACAUUAUGAACGUUUUUGUAACCAGUAAGUGCAGCCAUUUAGAGAUGAUGAUUUAAUGUUUGCUUUUAAUGUUUCCUUGUCUUUGUAUGAUUCUGUUUAGAAAAAAUAAAAUGGGAUGAAAUCUGUUCAAAAACAUGA